AUGGCGAAGAUGAAUUCCAAAGCAUCCAAGGGUCUAAAUUCUAAAUCAUUUAAUCCUCUUAACUUAAAGUCUCUUAUUAAAGCUUUACCUUCGCGAAAAGUCCUCAAUUCAAUCAAUGGGUCUCUUAAGUCUGAAUCCCUCUCAACGAUAGAUUUCAGCAGUUGCACGAUUGAAAAUCAAUCAGAUCACCAAGUUAUCCAGAAGUCCUCACAUCCAAACUUGCAAGUUCAUGACGCGCCAACCCAGUCGGUGACUAUGAUGACGUUUUCGAAAGUGGUCGAUAUUUUUGAAGAACUGGGGCCUAUUCAAGAAAUCCCGAAACCCCGAAGUCGGACUCGCCGCAAUUCAUUUCUGAAAUUGAAGACUAAAAAAUCACCUCGACCAAAUCCUGCCAUCGAAGCCAUAAUCUCCAACGGACUUUUUGAAUCUGACGAAGAAAUUGCUGCUCCAGAAAACCGCCAAGUCAAUUACUCUGAGCAUUUGGUCCAAGCAAGGAACGAGGUUCUGCUCAAAAAAGAGACUUCAAAAUCUUCCCAUUUGAAAACGAAAACUCCGAGUGCUCGAGAAAGUCGUCUGAAAUAUCGGCUCUACAAUCCCCCACUUGAUUCAUUUGAACUACGGCGAAGAGCGAUUCGACAAGGCGGCGACGCAACCAUUUUCUUACCCAGACUUGACCCGAGCAGCUACGCGCUUAUCAUGCAAAAAGAAAAGCAUCGACGCCGAAUUGAAAGCCUUGCUUAUAAAAACAAUCCAUACCUUCUCAAAUCCAACAUUCCUGUUAACAACGGAGUCAGAAGUUUGAAGCUCGAAUGUAUUCCCGAAUCCGUCGGGACCUGGAUAGUCUCAAAAGAUCCUCGCGAUCCUCGACAACGUAGAACAAAGCUGGAUUAUGUUCUUACAUCUUGGUAA